UUUAUCCAUAGGUGUCGAAAAGAAGCUCCAUAUUAAAGCAGUGCCUGGAACUCUGCGCAUGCUCAUGAUGUCGUUUUCAGUCAUGCACAUCGGGGCCUUCGCAUACUGGAGCACACACGUUAAUGACAAAAUAAGCAUGACGGUGGCCCCUUUCUACGUGGCGAACUGUCGAGAGGUUUUCUACCUCUUCCUCAACUUCUACACACUCGUCGACACAAUCAUCGUACUCGCCACUUCCCUGUUCAGCAAGAGGAGCAACACUGCUUUGUUAGCCAGCCUCUAUCUGUUCGGCUUUAACCUCAUCCAAGCUUUGCUGCUGUCUUGCGCAUCGGCCAGCCUGUUCUUGCUGUACCAGGAUGAAGAAGUCCAAAAAGUUUAUGCAGACACCCUCAGCGCCAGGACUGUCCUAGCGGCAACUGGCAUUCUGCUAGCAGGAAUCCAUGCUUUUUCAGCCCUUUAUGAUCUCCGAAUGUUCUUCAGGAGGAAGUCGGCUAGCAGAAGAUCUGAAAGAUCCUCCUCACCUGCGAAUCAAUCUCCGCGAACAAGCUCACCACCUGGAAAUCGACCUCAACCGUCAUCAUCACCUCCGAAUGUUCCCAAAAGCAGUUGA